GUUCUACAGGCUAUCACUAUUGAAGCAGAGGAACGCCACGACGGCUCCCGACGAACCACGCGUUACGAUAUCGACAUGACCAAAUGCAUCUACUGUGGAUUCUGCCAGGAAGCAUGUCCCGUAGAUGCGAUCGUAGAAGGCCCCAACUUUGAGUUCUCGACGGAAACACACGAAGAACUUCUCUACAACAAGGAGAAGCUCCUCUUAAACGGCGACAAGUGGGAGAGCGAGAUCGCCGCUAACAUCAGAGCCGACCAUCUUUACCGCUGAACAAAAUGCUUUAUAGUCAAAAUAGAAUUCUUGAGUUUAUUUUGCAGUGACCAUAAUAACACGAAAAGGAUAAGCUACGCAGAUGACCAAGUCAGAAUAGAAAAUUUCCAUAAAGCGAUAGGUAGAGGAAGAAUGGGUUACCUUGUAGAAUGUGACCUUUUUAUUAAAAAUCUAGAAGAGGCAAUGCGAUGUAAACUUGAAUGAAGAUAACCAAUAAGGUAUUGCGAUCUAAUAAAGAAAGGCUGACUACGUUGAAUUGUUUAUAGUGGUGUUUACCGACGAGAAAAUAGCUCUUAAAUGCAAGAUAAUUGUGUAAAAAAACUUGAAACUUACCGAAAUAACUUUUCAGCAACGAAGUCAUCCAUAAUUGAAACAUACUCUGGAAAGACCUUGUUUCUGCUAUCUCCGUUAAGUAAUGCCUUCAAAACUAAGCUUGUCAAGCUGGAUACGAAAUAACAACUCGGUGAUAAAAAACGAAAGCAGCUCGUCUAUAAUAAAAUUUUCAGUUACCUGGUCUCAAAGUAAGUAAUCACCUAUACUAGAGCAACAAAAUGUAUCCAAAACACUUUUCCCAAAAUUGGUCUUACCGGAAAAGGAAUCUGGGCCCUCCGCAUCUAACGGUUAUAACGCUUACUGCUGAGCCAUGUAUGUAAGGACUGCAUGGUUAAUUCACCAUUAAUUUGCCGCGCGUAUCCUACUACAAAGCAAAAUAUGUUGGAGUGCCUCGUAUAUCAGUUCCUAAAAUCAAAUCGUGCCUUGCAUUUAAGAGCGAACUCUCCUAAGGUAUGCAACAGGCUAAUACUUUAUAAAGUAAUUAGUGCAAUACUUUAUGCUCACUGGGUC